AUGUCACGUAGUCAAAAGUUAACAGACUUUUGGACGAAGUUGACGUUGGGGGGCAAAUUGGGUCACCGAAGUAUGGUCGAGCGGGUUUCAAGGGACAUUGAUGUAAAUAGGAGCCCAAAUUGGUGUAUGUUAUGGGAAUGCUUGGAGAUCGUUUACCGCCCCCCAUCAGAAGUUAUUGCUCUGUACAAGCAAAAUAACAUCGGAAGAAUGCGACUGUAUGAUCCAAACCAGGCUGCUCUAGCAGCCCUUAGAGGCUCUAAUAUUGAGCUCAUGCUAGGCGUUCCAAAUGACAACCUUCAAAGCCUUGCCUCAAGCCAGGCCAAUGCAAAUACUUGGGUCCAAAACAAUGUGAGAAACUAUGGCAAUAACGCAAUUUCUAGUGCUGGUUUGGGAAUUAAAGUCUCCACUGCCAUAGACACUGGAGUGCUUGGAAAUUCCUUUCCUCCAUCCAACGGAGAGUUCAAGUCCGAAUAUGGAGCACUUUUGAACCCCCAUCAUCCGCUUCCUAGUGAACAACAAAUCGCCCCCCCAUCAGUUGUGGUACAAGAUGGCCAACGUGGCUAUCGUAAUCUUUUCGAUGCCAUUUUGGACGCUGUUUAUGCCGCUCUUGAGAAGGCGGGCGGAGGGUCUUUGGAAAUUGUCAUAUCGGAAAGUGGUUGGCCAUCAGCUGGUGGAACGGCAACAACAAUUGAUAAUGCAAGGACUUAUAAUGCAAAUCUGAUUCAACAUGUUAAGGGAGGGACUCCAAGGAAGCCCGGAAGGGCCAUAGAAACCUACAUCUUUGCCAUGUUUGAUGAGAACAGAAAGAACCCGGAAUUUGAGAAACAUUGGGGGCUGUUUUCACCAAGCAAACAGCUGAAAUACCCAAUCAACUUCAACUGA